AUGGUUGCAGAAUCUACGGUGGAAGACCUCUUGAAAAGGCCUCUAUACGUUUAUGAUCUACCGCAGGAGCUUCUCUCCACCUUAACUACGAAAGGCGGCGACCAAGCGCUCUCAAUCCAGAAUGGUGACGAUGUGACACCUGAAGAGUCGAAAGAAGAGGUACUGGAACAUGCGAUCGCCACAUCGAACAGCUGUCCACUCUGCAAGGUCACGUACCUCAAUGUGCAGGAGCAACGCGAUCAUGUGCGAUCGGACCAUCACAAAUACAACCUGAAAGUGCAGCUCAGGGGCGGUCCCACUUUGGACGAGGUGCAAUUUUCGAAGGCGAUCGGGGAGCUUGACGAGUCGAUAUCCGGGUCCGAGUCUUCGGAAGGGGAAAACGAGGAAGAGGAGACCCAGCUUACGGCCCUGCUGAAGAGACAGGCCAAGAUAUCUCAGGAAGCUCAGGAGGAAGAAGAUUCGCCUUCAAACAAAAAGACCGCGGGUCGACCGCCGCUGUUCUGGCUUUCAAGCUCCGCACUGCCGUCGAACGUCUCGCUCGGUGUCUACAGGGCUUUGUUCUCGGAUGUUGAGCAGGAUGAGCCCCAGCACCUCGUCGCCUCCCUGCAGAAAAAGCAACUCGUGCCCAUCAGUGCACCCAGAAAUGCUGCAGAUGAGCAAGCGAAGCCACCUCCUCCCAGUCCUCAUAUCUUCAUGUGCAUGAUUGGUGGUGGCCACUUCGCCGCAAUGAUUGUGGCACUGGCCCCCGAGAUUCACCGGAGACAAGGUGGCAUUGAGGAUCGCCAGGCUCGGGUGAUUGCCCACAAAACCUUCCAUAGGUAUACAACGAGAAGGAAGCAAGGUGGCUCGCAGUCUGCGAAUGAUGCGGCCAAGGGGGCCGCGCAUUCAGCGGGUUCGAGUUUGAGACGAUACAACGAAGCGGCGCUUGAGAAGGAAAUUCGAGAAUUGCUGUCUGAGUGGAAGCAAUUGAUUGACGAGGCGGAGCUGCUGUUCGUUCGGGCCACCGGGAGCACAAACAGGAGAAUUCUGUUCGAGAAGUACGACGGCCAGAUGUUGAGACAGAAUGACCCAAGGCUUAGAGGGUUCCCGUUCAGCACACGCCGGGCCACCCAAGCCGAGCUUAUGCGGUGCUUUAAGGAGCUUACGCGGGUCAAAGUGAGCCAGGUAGACGAAGCCGCCCUUGCAGCUGCGGCGGCCAAAGCAAAGGAGGUGGCAUCAAAGCCGUCAACACCACGGCCGCAGCAGCAGAAGCCCAAGAUCUCGAAAGAGGAAGAGGAAGCCAUACUCCACACAACACAGAUUCAAGCGCUGAUCCGGCGUUCCAAGAUCCCCGCUCUGAUGGCAUACCUUUCGAAGAAUUCCAUCCCUUCAUCCUUCAGGUUCCGUCCCUCGGAUUCCCAGCAAAACUUCCGCUGUCCAACGUCACUCCACUUGGCUGCCAACCUCAACUCCUCGGCCAUGGUUCUAGCGCUCUUGACCAAGGCCGAUGCGGACCCGACGACAGUCAACUCCGAAGGAAGAACACCCUUUGAACUCGCAGGCGACCGUGCCACCCGCGACGCUUUCCGCAUCGCUCGCCAUGAGCUGGGCGAGUCGAAGUGGGACUGGACCGCCGCGAAGGUUCCGGCACCCAUCUCCAAGGACGAUGCGAGCAGCCGGCUGGAGCAGGAGCGGAAAAGCGCCGAGGAGGAGGAAGCUACCCGACGCAAGGCCGCGAUGGCGCGCCUGCAGAAAGAGGACGCCGCCCGCGCAGCCGAACAAGCCUCCAGAAAGCCGGUUGGCCGUACCCUGGGGGCUAUCGAGAAAACGGCGCAGGAGAAGAGGGAGGAAGAGAUGCGCGGGAUGACGUCGGAGAUGCGAAUGCGACUGGAACGAGAGCGGCGCGCGCGAGCGGCUGAAGAGCGCUUCCGACGCAUGCAGGGCGGCAAUUAA